AUGAACACGUUUCUGGGAUUUGGAAGGGAACACAUUGAAAGGCAUUACCGGAAAACAGGACAGUGUGUGUAUUUGCAUCUGAAACGACGUGUGAUAGAGGUACCAGGGGCAUCUGGUGGAGCUUUACCAAAAAGGAGGAAUGCUAAGCUAUUUUUAGAUCUAGAGACAAACAGUGAUCUCAACAAUGAUGACUUUGAAUAUGAAGAUGAAGCAAAACUCGUUAUAUUUCCUGAUCACUAUGAAAUCUUAUUACCCAAUAUAGAAGAGUUACCAGCACUGGUGACAAUAGCUUGUGAUGCUCUCCUCAGUGCAAAAUCACCCUACAGGAAGCAGGACCCUGACUCCUGGGAAGAAGAGCUGCAGGCAUCUAAACAUGCCAAAACACUUGUACAGUUAGACAAUGGUGUUAGAAUUCCCCCCAGCGGUUGGAAAUGCUCAAAAUGUGACCUGCGGGAGAAUCUGUGGCUAAACCUGACAGAUGGUUCUGUGCUAUGUGGAAAGUGGUUCUUUGAUGGCAGUGGGGGGAACGGGCAUGCAAUGGAGCACUACAAGGAGACGGGUUAUCCUCUGGCAGUGAAGUUGGGAACCAUCACUCCUGAUGGAGCAGAUGUCUAUUCCUUUGAUGAAGAGGAGCCGGUUUUAGAUCCGCAUAUAGCAAAACAUUUGGCACACUUUGGAAUUGAUAUGCUGCAGAUGCAAGUGACAGAGAAUGGACUAAGAGAUAAUGAUAUAAAACCAAGAGUCUCUGAAUGGGAAGUGAUUCAGGAAGCUGGGGUGAAACUCAAGCCCAUGUAUGGCCCAGGAUACACCGGCAUGAAGAACUUGGGAAAUAGCUGCUACCUCAAUGCUGUCAUGCAAGCCAUUUUCAGCAUCCCAGAGUUCCAGCGAGCGUAUGUGGGAAACCUUCCACGAAUAUUUGACUACUCUCCUCUUGAUCCAACACAAGAUUUCAACACUCAGAUGGCUAAAUUGGGACACGGCCUCCUUUCAGGCCAGUACUCUAAGCCACCCAUGAAAUCUGAGCUUAUUGAGCAGGUGAUGAAAGAAGAACACAAGCCUCAACACAAUGGAAUAUCUCCACGAAUGUUUAAGGCUUUUAUAAGUAAAGGCCACCCAGAAUUUUCCUCUAAUAGACAACAAGACGCACAGGAAUUUUUCCUACAUCUUAUAAAUCUCGUAGAGAGAAACCCUGUAGGUUCAGAAAAUCCUAGUGAUGUUUUCCGGUUCCUGGUGGAAGAACGCACACAAUGCUGCCAGUCCAGAAAGGUCCGCUACACAGAGAGGGUGGACUAUAUCAUGCAGUUACCUGUUGCCAUGGAGGCAGCGACAAACAAAGAUGAAUUAAUUGCCUAUGAAUUGAAGAGGAGAGAAGCAGAAGCUGCAAGGAGACCUCCACCAGAGCUUGUCCGUGCCAAGAUACCAUUUAGCGCGUGUCUGCAGGCCUUUUCUGAACCAAACAACGUAGAGGAUUUCUGGAGCAGUGCCCUUCAAGCAAAAUCUGCAGGAGUUAAGACUUCUCGUUUUGCUUCGUUUCCUGAGUAUUUAGUGGUGCAGAUAAAGAAAUUCACCUUUGGCCUUGAUUGGAUACCCAAAAAGCUUGAUGUUUCUGUAGACAUGCCAGACUUCCUAGAUAUCAGCCACCUUCGGGCCAGGGGUAUCCAGCCAGGAGAAGAGGAACUUCCAGACAUUGCUCCUCCCAUUAUCAUUCCUGAUGACCCAAAAGAUCGUAUGACAAACCAUUUCGUGGAGUCUCUAGAUAUUGAUGAGUCUUCAGUUAUGCAACUGGCCGAGAUGGGUUUUCCUUUGGAAGCGUGUCGGAAAGCUGUGUACUACACAGGCAACCUGGGUGCUGAAGUCGCUUUCAACUGGAUCAUUGCACACAUGGAAGAACCAGACUUUGCUGAGCCAUUGGUCAUACCUGCAUUUGGAGAAGUUGCUUCCAGUGGAGCAGCUGUGUUUGGAGCUGUUGGGCUAGAUAACCAACCUCCCGAAGAGAUGGUUGCAAUUAUCAUUUCCAUGGGCUUCCAAAGGAAUCUAGCAAUUCAAGCACUGAAGGCAACAAACAAUAAUUUGGAGCGUGCACUGGAAUGGAUCUUCAGUCACCCUGAACUCGAGGAAGAAACUGAGCCUGCUUUGGACAUGAUGGAUAUGGAGAACAAUGCUAAUGCCAAUAUCCUUGCAGAGACAGGAUCGGAGGGACCCAGGAUCAAAGAUGGGUCUGGAAGAUAUGAGCUGUUUGGGUUCAUCAGCCACAUGGGAACAUCCACAAUGAGUGGCCACUAUGUUUGUCAUCUCAAAAAAGAAGGAAGAUGGGUGAUCUACAAUGACCUUAGAGUCUGUGCCUCAGAACGACCUCCCAAAGACCUGGGCUACAUUUAUUUUUACCACAGGAUACCAAGUUAGGCCUCAAAUCUAUUACCUGGCCUUAAGAAGCCAUAAGCCUUUUUAACCUGCCCAAA